AUGGUUGAUAAAGAGAAUGGUUCUGGUGAAGAAGAGGAGGAGGGUUCUGGUUAGGAAGAGGAGGAGGGUUCUAGUGAGGAAGAGGAAGAGGGAGGAAGAGGAGGACGAGGAAGAGGAUGUACAAGGUGGUAAAAAUGUCCAGGAAGAGGAUGAUGAUGAAAUAUUCUUUUCUGGGGGGCCUUUUGACAACACAUUGCUGAAGACCUUCAAGGGACAUGUAGCGCAACAGGUGUGGAAGCAUUACAAGAAACCGACUUCAGUGUUUGAUCGGGGUGUGUUGAAGACCUACCACCAUGGGACUGCUAUGCUAGGGAAAGACAAAAAGAAACAUAAAGAGGUGUUAAGAUGCUUUUCUACAUACGUUAAGGGAAGGGUUCAGGCUGCUGGUCUAUUGCCUUUGCUGACAUGCAACCUUCCAUCAGUGGACAAGACCAUGCUGUCGGUGUUUGUUGAGAGAUGGCAGCCGGAGACUUCAUCUUUUCAUAUGCCAUUUGGGGAGAUGACUAUCACACUUGAUGAUGUUAGCUCUUUGCUACACAUCCCCGUGGCGGGAAAAUUCUUUAGUUUCCCAACCCUGACUCGUCAGGAAGCAGCCCUUGUAUUGCAUAAGCAGCUUGGUGUUACGCAAGCAGAGGCUGAAGCGGAUAUCUGGAAGUCCUUAGGACCUUAUGCUCGGUAUACAAGGCUUCUGGAUGUAGCUGAGAAGAUGGCCAAGGAGGGGAAGACUAAGAAAGCUGCUAGAGCCUUCUUGCUGCGUUUGGUGGGGAUGACGAUUUUCUGUGCCAAGACAAACAACAAGGUGGAGAGUUUCAUAUUUGGGGCUGUUUAUGGACUUGGAGAAGGUUGGGGAGUAUGCAUGGGGCGUCAUGGCAUUGGCUUUCCUUUAUGACCAGCUUAAGGAUGCCACCAAAGUCAGCACCACUAGCCUUGGAGGGUACUUAAAUCUGUUUUAGACCUGGAUAUUUGAGCACUUUCCCGCCAAAUUGUUUGACAGAAACCUGAACAAAAAAUAUGUUGAGGGAGAGUCAAGAGCUUGCAAAUGGGUCACAAAAAGGGGGAAUACAGACCUUACAGAGAGCAGUGUCACAUGGACACCGUAUGACGAGCCUAGAGUGCAUUGGCCCUUCCAGAAGGUGUGUCUUUUUAGCGGAAUGAUUCGGCAUUCGGGCAUGAUCCGGCCAUAUCUACCAGAGCGUGUUAUGAGGCAGUUCCAAAUGAUGCAGGAUCAACCCAACUUACCACCAGCUAGCAUUCCCCCUGUUGAGGAGAUUGAUGAUAGGUUUCUUAAUUUCACUCUUCACUGCGUGGCUGCUCAACAUACUUCGAGUCCAAUGGUAACGCCUCGGUACUUCGACUGAUACAAGACAAUCUCACACCGCCUUGUGGUCCCUCCUGAAACAAGAGGUCCGGUGGGAGUAACUCUUUUGGGUGUUCUCGAGCAAUAAAAGGAGUUGAGUUCUAUCACAGUAGACCCCAACGAGUCGCUAGAUCGGAUCCUCGAUGCAAACCAUCGUAUGUGGGCUAUCAUACUGUAGAAUUUGGAGCAAGGGGUUGAUGAUGAUGAUGACAGUGGCGGUGGAGAUGCAAUCCAUGGUGGAGGUGACCCCGAAUAAGAAGAAGAAAAGAAAAGUGUCCAAUGUCUCUACCUCCAAGAGUAGUUAGGACUAGGGACUAGGGACCUAGGGACCUAGGAUUGAUUUCAGGAUGAAUGUAAUUUAACUACAAUUGUUACUUCUAACUUAGUUUGUGUUUAAGAACAAUUAGCUAUGUAGCUUCAAAUUUAAGUACCUACAUAAUGAUGUGUUUUA